CCACAAAGCAGCGGCACGUGUGCAUUUGUGUAGGGGCCCAUCAGACCGUAAAAAGAGGAGGGCUCUGGCGUGUGCCUCAGCCGGGGAGGGGCCGAGCGCACACAUUAAUGUAAUAAACCGCCAGUACAUCUGCUAAGCUAUCUGCACAUCCUCCAACGAAAUCCACCAAAGCCCGGCUCUGAGCCCUCCCACCAGAAAAUCCACUGGGAUCUCGGUUUCAUCCCAUUGGUCGGGGAUGCUGCGACAGGGGGGGCGAGAACAAUAGCAUCAUUCCGGCAUAAAAAGAGUGGAGCUAUGCCUUGGAGACGAAAACAUUUCAGCAACAGAAGGAUCGAUAUACUGGGGGGAUAAAGUCCCGAAAGCUUCUUGAGUUGCCAUAUUUUCAACCAACCUGGAUACUCCAGACUUCAGCCAUCUCCCCAAAGUGCCUUUCUGCUGUUAUCCGUCAAGAUGCCCAAAGGAUUCCUGGUGAAACGAAACAAGAAAUGCGCACAUGUUUCCUACAGAACCCGCUCAGAGGAAGAUGACCUCCAGGAGCCUCCCACCCCAGCUGCCUUGCCGAGUCACACGGACCCCUCCCCGCCGAUGUCCGUGGCGUCCAGUCCGGACCGCGCCUCCGCAUCUCCGGAUUUCACCGCGGCUGAGGCGCCGGUCGCGCGUCUGGAGAAGCCGGCGCAAUUCGGGAACCCAGAAACGGCGUGCCAAGCCCUCUACAGCCCCACCCGACCCAUCAGCAAGGAGCACGACAAGGGAUAUUUCGAGCAAAGUUUCAGUCUGGGCUCGCCGAUUUCUGCAGAGUCAUUCCCCACGCCCGCGUCCCUCUCCGGCCUGGACCACCUCCUGUACGCCCCAGUCGACCUGAAAAUCGGCACCAGCAACAGCAGCCGAAGCGGGAUCGCCUCCACCACCAGCAGCACCAGCAGCAACAGCAACAACCUUCCGGGACCGAGCAACCGGGUCGCCACCAAACGAUCCGCUGGUGACGCAACUGAGCGCAAAUCCAAGUCCUCCUCCAAGAAACCCAAAGCCAUUAGAAAACUCAACUUUGAAGAUGAGGUGACCACUUCUCCGGUGCUCGGGCUGAAAAUCAAAGAGGGGCCGGUGGAGGUGAAGCCGAGGGCGCAGUCCUCCGGAGGGAACAAGCCCUUAGGGGAGUUCGUGUGUCAGCUGUGCAAGGAGGCGUACGCGGACCCCUUCUCCCUGGCCCAGCACAAGUGCUCCCGCAUCGUCAGGGUCGAGUACAGGUGUCCAGAGUGCGACAAGAUGUUCAGCUGCCCGGCCAACCUCGCCUCCCACCGCCGCUGGCACAAGCCGCGCACCAGCGGCGCGCCCACGAUGCCGCCCGCUCCGGGCGUCAAGCCCGAAAUGGCCAAAAUGAUGCCGAUGGGCGCCAAGUCUGACGAAGCCAAAGACAUGAGCGACAGAGAAACUCCAAGUCCGGGGCCAUCCGAAUCCGGUUCCGAGGACGGCUCAUAUGACUGCCAGUUCUGCGGGAAGAGGUUCAAGCGCCAGGCGUACCUAAGAAAACACAUCAUGGGACACCAGGUCCUGCAGAAGAAAGUCCUGGAGGAGCACGGGUUUCAAACCAGCGACCGCCCCAUAGAGCAAGCUCCAGUGUCCUCUUCUUCUAUAGCAUCAUCAUCAUCUUCAUCCUCCUCCUCCUCCUCAGAGGAAACCUCAAACCAAAGCCCUCUCAACCUGAGCCCAGUGGACUGCCUGCUGUGUCCGGUGUGCGGGGAGAGUUUCACCAGCAGGGCCGGCCAGGAGAGACACCUGCGCCUCAUGCACUCCUCCCAGAUCUACCCGUGCAAGUACUGCCCCGCCACCCUCUACAGCUCACCGGGCCUCACCAGGCACAUAAACAAGUGCCACCCCUCGGAGAACAGGCAGGUGAUCCUGCUGCAGAUGCCGGUGCGCCCCGCCUGCUGAAGACAACACAGAACUCGUGCCUUUGAUGGAUGGAGGGAGGAAGAAAAUAAAAAAGAAGGAAAAAA